AUGGAAAAGGACCCUGCACCGGAAGGUGUGGAACUGCUGCCAGUGAAAUCUGAUGGAAGUCAAAUUGUACCCAGCAUUUAUGACCCACACAAGUACAGAGACGUACCAAAUCCAACUUCCACCCUCGGCACAUUCGUGCACGUCAUGAAGUCGGCCCUCGGCAUCGGAAUCCUUUCGGUGCCGUACGCGUUCAAAAACGGUGGCCUCGUGUUUGGUGUGUUUGGUGCGUUCUUCUUCGCAAUGCUAUGCUCCCACAGUGCACACAUUUUGGUCAGCACAUCGUACAAGAUAUGCAAGAAGGAACGCAUACCGGUGCUUGGAUUCGCCGAAACGGUAGAAAAAGCUUGCGCCCAAGGUUCGGCCACUGUGCGGAUGCUCGGUACAGCGCUACGGAACAUCAUCGAUUGGUAUCUGAUGCUAACAACGGUCGUCGUGUUUAUCGUGUUUGUCGGCACGACACUUCGCGAGGUGGUCAACUAUCGCACCGGAUGGGACUGGACCGAACGUACCUACAUACUGCUCGUCGGUGUACCGAUCCUGUUCAUCACGCAGAUACGCGAGAUCAAGUAUUUGGUCCCGUUUUCGGCGAUUGCCGGUUUUCUUAUCCUCGCCAACAUCGUCAUCUCGCUGAUCUUUAUCUUUCAAGAGCCGCUCACGCUGGAAAACCGACGCCUGUUUCCGACCGCAUCGACUGUCGCACCGUACAUGGGCAUCGUCUACUUCGCGCUGGACGCAACGUGUCUCAUAUUUCCGUUGGAAAAUCAAAUGCGUCACCCGCAGCACUACCUCGGCUGUCCCGGCAUCGUCAACCUCAACUACAUCUGUUUGGCCAUCCUGUACAGCUUCUUCGGCGCUGUAGGCUACAUCCGGUACGGUGAUGACGUCGAAAGCUCCAUCAUACUCAACUUCCCCACCGAAAACGUACUGGUCUCGUGCAUACAAGUACUAUCCGCUGUUGCGGUACUCUUUUCCAUUGGGCUGAUUUUUUACGUGCCGACUGAGAUUGCCUGGAAGAAAUUGCACACCAAAGUGCCGAAACAGUGGACCGGUCUUGCCCAGAGUGGGUUACGCUUUUCCAUGCUGCUGGUAAACAUUGCGGCAGCCUGUGGAAUUCCUCAUCUCGGCACUUUUAUGGGACUGCUCGGUGCAGUGCUGAACCCGAUUCUAGCCCUCUGGAUACCGCUAAUCGUCGACACCGUGUACCGGUGGCCAAACGAUUUUGGCCGCUUACGGUGGCGACUGAUAAAAAAUGUGUGUCUCGCCUGUUUUGGCCUAUUUCUGCUCGUAACCGGUACCAUUUCUAGCGUACGGAACAUUAUUGAAUUGUACCAGUGACAA